UUGCAAAAAAAGAUUGGCCAUUAUCGGGAUCAAACUGAAACUCUUAGAAAGAAGAAAGGUGACGCAUUGUCAAGAGAACAAGAAACUAAACAGCAGUUUUCCGUACUCAUCAAAGAAAUGGAGGACGCAACAGAGAGGUUUGACAACGUCAGAAACGAGGUACAAACAAUUAAUUUGGAAAUAACUGUCCUGGAAGAAGAAAGCCGAACAUUGUUCAACGAGAUUGUUGAUCUAAAGGUAAAACUACUCAACUGUAAAUUAGACAAUCUUUUACUGUUGAUUCUAGGCGCAAUGGAUGGUUACAAUGUUUCGGUUCUGUUCUACGGCGAAAGUGGAUCAGGCAAGACUUUCACUAUGCUUGGUAACAGAAGCGAUUUGGGGAUUCUUCCACAAACUCUGACCUUCCUGUUCCGCUUGCAAGACUCCUCAAGAGCAAAUAGUUGGAAGUUCUCCAUUUCUAUAUUUUGUUACGAAAUUUACAAUGAAAAUUUCUACGACCUGCUCAAUCACAAGCGAAUCUGUGCGCCUCUGCUAGUGACGUCAGCACAACAUGUUUGUUCUUUAAAUGCUACUUUUUAUCUAUUUUUCCAGGGCUUGGAUAUAAUUCAAUUUAUCUCCGACCAUCGUAUCACAACGAGUACUGCUCUUAACAGUAGAUCCUCUCGCAGUCAUUGUAUUCUCUGCAUAAAAAUUUUUGCUGAAAAUCUUAAUCAACAUAAACGACGGUCAUCUGUCCUGAUGUUUGCGGACCUCGCCGGCUCUGAACGUGUAGAAAAUUUGCGGGCGGUAGGUACACGAAUGAAAGAAGCCAAACACAUAAACCAAUCGCUGCUUAGUUUGCGUAGUGUACUUCGCGACCAGCGGAAAAAGGAACCAAUAAUUCGCUACCGCGACAGUAAAUUGACGAUGGCGCUUUCGAGCUGCUUAGGAGCAGCAGACUCUAAAACAUUUUUGGUGGUCACGCUUAGUCCACACUGUCAGUCUUUCGGUGAAACAAUGCGCUCUUUGGUUUUUGCAAGUGAGGUGUGUUUCUUCUUUAGUUAUCUUUUGGUCACUAAUCAUUACUUUACUGAGAAGUUUACCAGUUAUUUUGAUGAAUAUAGGUAUCUCAUACAACCAUUAAACCUGCGAAAGUAA